UUGCCUUUCAAAACGUCGCAUUAUGUAAUGUCCAGGGACCAUUAUUACGCAAGUAGUGAAAAGAUUUGAACAAACGACGUGGUACGAUCAUAGAAAUCAUUUGUUAUUCACACCAUUUUACUGUAUGUAUGUAUGUAUGUAUGUAUGUAUAUGUACAUACACAGAAUGUGCAUUAAUACCUAAUUUAAUAAUUACAUAGGUGUAAAUAUAGAUUAUUUUCAAAAUAGUGCAACAGGACGUUAAUGAAUUAUUCUGGUAUAAACCAACAUCAAAUGCUCAUCUAACUUUACCACAUUUAUUAACUUAAUGGAUAUGUGCAUUAUUUUUUAGCUCUUUUAGUAGUUAAUUCAUUAGGUAUGUAAUAUUUAUUUAUAUGUAAACAAUAAGUUCCUCGUUUUCUUCCGUUGCGCAAACUAAAACUCAUUCUCAGAUACAUUAUCUUUAAAAUCAGUGUUUGUAUAGUUGCCGGUAAUGCGUCCUCUGCAAACGUUCUUAUCAUCAACGCGUCACCUGUCAAUUUUGUUAGACUUGUACAUUCUACUUCAGCACUUUCAGUUUACACAUUUCAUUCUCGGAACUAAGCGCUUUUUUCAUUUUGUUGAAUUCCUAUAGCGAUCUUACUCUUGUUUCUUAUUUUUGACCAAAAAUCAAUUUAAUCCUUCAUGCUCAUGUAUCUACUCUCAGCUAUCCUAUCAAAGUAUCAUUCUGAAUAUUUAUUAUUCUAAAUUAAUAUUCUACAGGGACACAAUGGAUAUUUUACAAAGCUCUUUAAAAUUUUGCUUUCAAUGCAGAUUAGUUUCGUUCGGUGCAAAAUAAUUCUAUGCAAUGGAGUAUCUAUGCUUUAAUCCAACCAUGGAUGCAGCCUCCAUUUUGAGGUUCAAAUGGUAUAAGAUUGUUGAUGAUAAAAUUGAAUAUUACAAGCAAAUAUAAAUAAAUUUAGGUAUUUAUUGAGAAAAAUUGGGGGUGCUAAACCGCCCAAAAUUUGUAUUUAACAACAGGUAACAUUACUGUACAGUUAUUAUGUCAAAUCUGCUUUACAACUCCUGUAUACAUUGUGCGAAAAUUUCUGUAGAAAGAAACCAAACGAAACGACGACAAGCACCUAAAACAAAAGAUUUCUCAGAAAGAAUCUCUCAAAGUGUCAUCUUUGACCAGCCAAAUAAGCCGCUUCCUUUGGUCGUCUUUCACCGAACAUCGUUGAGUGUUCGUCAUAAAUUCCGUUGAUCGCGUCAGCAUCAAAAUUGCUGUCAUCAAUUUCCCCGUAUCUCCAUGAGAAUCUUUCGAAAGAAACCCAAUCCUUUCGAGAUGUCCCUGGUUUCGAUCUUUGCUCCCUAAAUAUUCCUAUGAAAGAGAGGAACGGUAACGCUUAAAGCGUACGCUGGAAAUGUUCCCCUCGUCAUCGUUGCCGUCUUCAUUCCAGCGAAAUUGUCCGGUGGCAACAAUUGGAUUCCACGCGGUACGUCGGCGUCCUCUUUGUUGCCGAUCGCUCACUGGUCUUCUUCGUCCGUUCGUUCGUUGGGGAUCGAGCGGCCUUUCCCGUGGAAUUUUUCCACCACUCGAUCAUGUCGGUGGCUCGCGAAGGAGGCGAUAGCCCAUUGAAUCGUCCAAUGAAGCGAUACCGCGAGAUCUCGCUGGGCGGUGCCCAACGCGCUGGCGAUGGUUCUUGGAUCCGGCGGGGUCGAAAGUGGGGGUACGAGUGGGACCGACUGGGCCCCCUCGCAUAGCGACCCUGGUGGGGGGAUUGACAUCGACUACUGUGCAUUUCCCACGUGCCCUGGGAACCCCCGCGGCAUCGUGUCAGCCCCCGCUCUUCGUUCCCGCACGCUUCCACCUCCGCCUCCUCCCACACCUUCGUCAGCGUCGCGCUUUCUGGCCUCGAGAGGCCCCGAUAAAGACAAAGAGAUCGCACCGCUCCCGCGAAUCCUCUUCCAGGAACCGAUUCAGCUGAUCCGCUUUUUCGCGUGGGCGAACAGAUUGACGCGGACUCGUUUCGGUCGCCUCGAGGACGACGGCGACAGGUCGUCUGAAUGGGCCCGCCGAUCGUGAAACCCAUACCGAACGGUUCCGCGGGUUUCUUCUGGCAUCGAAGCGAUAUCCCCGAGUUAAAAUUCGAGGCUGGCAAUGAAAAUGCGGGAGAAGGACGGGACGAUCGCGGUGGCUCUUCUCGGACGGCUACCUCCUUUGUACCCUGGUUCGGCUACCGCCCCCGCGGGGGGUAAGCACGCGGAGAGGGCGCGAAGCGAAAGAAAACCAGAGUCGGUAUUCAUCGGGGAGUGGGAAGACCUAUUCGAAAAGGAUGUUCGCGUGGGCGAAGAGGGAUGCUCUGAUCCAACGGUUACGAGGGCGGUCCCAUCGGGGACCGGUGGAAGGGAUCAUGGAAGAGAGGGAGCAUGUCGAGGGACAGUUGGAGCAAAGGGAGGGCGGAUGGGCACUCUCCCAGGAGCUCAGGAAGCCGCGUCGUCGAAGGAUUUGUGAAUAACCGCGCUGCUAUUCGGUGACUGGCCAGACAAGGACAUCCGAGAGACGGAAAGAGAGGGAGGGACCUAGAGAGCCAGGAUAAGGAGCACUUCUUCCUCUUCUUGUACCGCUCUCUUCCUUUUCCUUCUUCUGCUCCCGUUCCUCCUCCGCGGUCCUUCGACUCACCUCUUCUACUACCACCACCUACCGACCGCGCUCUUCUAAGGAAGGAAGAUCCUGGAGCGUUUCUGGUAGAAUCGAGAGAGGCUCUCACACGGACAAACGACAGCUAGUGGGCAUCGGUGAGUUGGUUCGGUAGGGAGGUGUCUCCCGGUCCUCCAACCAGAAGAAGCGAGACGACGACGACGACGCCGACGAAGGAGACCUUUGGCGGUUACACACCGCGUCCUACCGUCUUCUGGUGUGCCUACCUAUUCGGGCUACCAGCGAACCGAGCGGGCAAACGGAGCUUCAGUCGACGCCGCGCACCCAAACGGUCCAGACCUGUCAGCCCGGAAGACAGCAUCCCUACGUAACGUUCAAUAGAGAAUCCACUUCUCGAAAUCUAGUUCCCGCUUUCUCUCUAACUGUACGCGAACCUUACGAUUUUGCUCCUCGGUUCGAACAAUUCCACGGAACGUUUACUUCUCGUCUGUUCAGCAGUCAGAAAUACCCGGCGUGAGAGGGAACUACGGUGUCCGUGUGCUGCUUUCAACGGGUAGAGAGAAAGAAGGGUAGGUGAUCGUGUCGCCCGCGAGGAGGUACAACCCGAGUGAUCUCACUCGCAAGAGUCAGCCGGUCGGGACUAGGUUUGCGCGGGAGGAGAAGAGCGACACGAACGGCAGGAGCGGCAAGAGAGGGACCAAAAGGAAGCUGUGGAAAGAGAGAAAAACGAAGCUUGGAAGAGAGACAGAGAAGCGUGUUGAAUCGGUGGAGGGAGUGACUCGAGGCGUUAGCAGAACCGCGCGAGAGAGGAGGUAGAGGGAAAGGAGACAGAGAGUCGACCAAGAGAAGGAGCGGUGGGAAUUUAUAAGGAUGUUCGCGAUAAUGCCGAUGGAGACAGAGGGGCACGGCAGGGAGUUCGGCCGCCGGCAGAAGAUGCGCGCCAAGUGCACGGUAGAGUUCGUCUGCAAGUACUGCCAGCGGCGCUUCACGAAGCCCUACAACCUCAUGAUCCACGAGCGCAGCCAUAAGGACGACGUGACCUUCACCUGUGAGGUCUGCGGAAAGUCCUUCAAGCGGCAGGACAACCUCAAGCAGCACAGAUGUGGGUGGCGGUGAGCGGGAGCUCUGAAUCUCCUGCACCUUGACACACACACAAUGCACACGCAACAACAUCAACAACAUGAUCAACAAAAAAAAUUUAUUCAAACAAUCUAUAACAACAAAAAAUAUUAGCUAUCCAUGUUCUUCCAUUUAUUAUUAUUAUUAUUAUUGACAUGAUUCUUUUGCUCCACUCUUCUUUCCGUUUCAAUAUUCAUUCGAAGUCUCCCGCAACCACGAAGACAACACGUUCGGUUCUCGUGCAUCGUGUACCGCCACCACGAAAAAAAAAAAAAGAAAACAGAGAAAAAAAUGAAAAAGAACGGAAGAAAAAGAUACGCUCAGCAUGCUUAAAACUCUGCCACCACCACCACCACCACCACCACCACCAUCAAUUUUUUCUUCUUCUUCUUCUUCUUCUUCUUCUUUUGCUCUUCUGCUACGAUCACGUUUAUCGCCUUCUACUAACAACGAGCCCGCACGAAAUUACCUAUACGCUCUCGCGACACGUGGUGGAAUUGAAUUGCUAACCAGGAGGAGAAAGAAAUGUUAGAGUUUCGUGUUUUUUCUAAGUAUUUACUUUCCUCAUCUUCCGAUUUCGACCAUCUUUGUUCCAGGAGCAUACACUCUGUUCCCUACAAGGGCUCCAACGGCUACUCAAAUGGCUAUUCGAAUGGCUACUCUAGGUACUAGAAGCCAUCCAGCCAAUUCAUCCUAUAUACUCCCAUAGACGCGCGUUUCGCUAUUUUAUCAUUAGGUUAUAUUUCUAUGGUCGCGAUCGGUACAGUUUCAACUAGUUUUUGGAAUUUCAAUGUAUGUUCGUUAUUUUUUAUAUUUAUAGGCUGAGAUAAAAAAUAAUUCCACUAAAUUUUUGCCGACCUUAUGAAAUUGAAUACAUUAGAUAAUCCCGUAAAAUAUAUUAGCAAUCUUAGAAUUUUAUAUAUAAGUAAAAGUAUAGUUUCGAGAAAAGAUGGCUCUAGCGAAAGGGUUGAAAGGGUUAAAAACGAUCAGAAAUCUUUGGACGUUAUAAAAAAUUUGAAACUGAGAAGGCAAAAAAGAAAUGCUUUAAAGAUAGUUCGAAUGAUAAUAAUCAAGUCUACGUGGAAAUUCCGAGAACUUCUUGAUCCAACCACGCGUCUAUCCUUGCCGAUGUCCGUCUGUCGGUUCUCCGGGACGAUCGAUUAAUUAUUAUCAGCUCGAAACGACUUAACGCCAGCCUACCGAGUCGCAAAAGGGAAACAGUUCCGUGGAUACUAAUCGUCUCCUCGCCUAUUAAACCUCGCUUCUCGCUCCUCCAUCCCGCUUCUUCGAUUGUUUCGUCUCAAAGCUUCUACCACUUUCCUGUAUUCCGAGCCUAGACACCUAGACGUCAGCCACAUCAAGUCAUCGCGAUAAAGACUACGAGAGACAGAAACAAACAGGAAGAAUCAAUGGUGCAGUCAAAUCAAAAUUCUUGCAAGGACAAAAGAAUUCAGAUCCUGAAGAAGCUGAUUCUUAAGGAAUUUCGAUCUAAGAACUCGUUUAUUGAAAUGCUGACAGAAGACAACUCAAGAAACUGGUUCGAUAGAAAGUAUUUAAAAAUUGAAAAUCAUUUAGCGACAAGAAUAAUGGCCAAGAAUUCUAUAAGACUCUGGGAAACGAGACAGGAAAAUCCAACUUCGUUAUCAGUUACAUGCUCGCUCGAAGACAUCAAGUAUCCAACCAGUUUCGUUAUCUCACAAAAUCUACUCGCCCAUAGUUCCUGUUUUCUCCUACGGUACAACGGCUGUAACAACUUAAUAGUGGAAAACGAAGAUGCGAUCCAAGCGUCAUCCAUGGAAAUGGAGCAAUCAGUCCAAGGUCGAAGUGACUUGAGCUACAUCCAUUUCUCCUGAACAAUAACUCUUCAUAAUGGCUGUUCAUCAAAAAAGGAGCUACAAUUUCAGUUUUAAAGUUUUAUUCAGAAGUCUUUGAAGAAGGUUAAAAUCUUCAACCGCCUUGAUUCUUGGGAUUCGAAAAAAUCUAAUUAACAAAUAGGUUAUACCUAUGUAGUAAAUCUAUGAACCUAACGACAUAGAACGCCGAUAAAAGAUAAAAGAAAAGAAUUCCAAUUUCAAUAUCAAAGAGUAUCUCAGCAUCAUCGAUCAGCCAGUUGUCCCCGGAAGCAGCUAAUUUGAAUUGGAAGGAGAAGAUGUAAAAAAGAAUGAUCCGUGUCAACGCCGCAACACGAGGACCUCGGGCUAGAAUCCGAAAUUGGACCGCGUAAUAACCCGGUUCAAAGUAGCUACCGAAGAACCGAUGCUACCGUAAAAACCACGCCCAGGCCUGAAGCGACAUCAUCCAUAUGCCCAGCACCAGCUUCAUCUCCCUUGGCCCAAUUUUUUGCGAUUUCUCGAUGGAAAUCUAUUGAUCCUUGUUAUUCGUAGAAAUGAACCGAUAUUGUAGGAGAAGCAGACUCUUCGAGACGCGACCAGACGACCUUGGAAACGUGAAACAAGGCGGGUCCGCUGACGCAAGUACCAGUCGGCUGGGAUCGAUUUCCACUGGAUGGAUGAAUCUCCAAGUGUCUCUUCGAUUUCGCGCACACUGAGCGGGAUCGUUCGAUUAGAAUGAUCCUGUUCGAUGAUCGAUCAGCUUGGUACGUUUCCCGGCCAUCCGUAGCUGCGACUACAUAUCCUUCUUUCGACUCCGCGACUUUCUGGAGGGCCCCUCUCAUCGAACGGACAUCGGCGUGGAAAAGUUCCUUCUACCGAAAACUGUUAACCGAUCACAGUGCCUCUCACAGGGAACGAUGACGUCAUGAUGCAAAUGUUGCAUUUGAGAUUAGGUAAUUUUUUACUUUGUUUUAUUGAAAUAUUUUAUCUUGAAUGUUCAGUGGCAGUUAAUAUGUAAAAAAUUUUCUAAUACAUUGGUACAUGUAAUUUUGUAAAUACUCUGUUCGAAAUAAUUGGUAAAGUUUUGAAUAAUAUUUUGAAAAAAUGUAUUGAUAUAGGUAAUAUUCAAAAACACUAAUGACUUUAAAUAAUAAAAAGAUAGAAUAAUUUUUAAUACACUAUUUAAUAUCUUAUAAAAUGUAUCAAUUAUUUUGAGCAGUGUAUAAAGGUGUUUUUCAAAUCAUAAGGAAUGAAUUAGAGUGAUUGUUGUUUAUUACUAAAAUUAGUAUUAAUGCAUACACUUUCCAGAUUAAAAAUCAAUUAACCCCUUAAACUAAUACAAUUAAAACAUUGGUAUUACAGACAAUAAUUACCUAAUUACAAUUUCAUUAUUUUGUAUUAAAGUUUGAGGGGUUAAAAUGUUAAUCAUCGGACGUUACAGUAAGUGACAUACCCUCCGCAACAGUCGAAACAACUAUUUUUCUUUCCGUCACUUAAUCAUCAGAUCUAUCAAAGCACAUCGCAAACACUAUUAAAAUCAAAAUUGACACUUGAGAAACGAUACGCGCAGUCUUGUAUAAAAUUCAACAUAUCACGGUGUCUCGGCUCGACCUGUAUAUUUUUCUUUCAUUAUACAUAUCUCUAUUUAGAAGCGCGUGUAUAAUUAGCGAGGCUAGUUUUAUAGUCCCUUUCUUGUAAAUUAACACCCAUACACACAGUAUACACAAAUAAAUACACAGCGUGGAUGAGAAGCAAAAAUAAUUGUUUAAACGCCUGGAUUUUUCAAAACUAUAGCAUCUCGAGGUUCCUCGAGAUAAUCAGCUGAUUAGUUUGGAAAAUUCACGAUCGCGACUUUGGGAGUGAAAAAAUAUGGCGACAUCGUCGUCAUACAUACAUAAAAAAGAAAGAAUUUUCUUCUGUGACGUAUGGAAAGGAAAGGAAAGGAAAGGAAAGGAAAGGAAAGGAAAGUAGGAGGGGUGUGCGGGUAUAAAUUUGUUCGGGUACUCGGGUACUCGGAAACUCGCCCAUCCCUGGAAAGGAGUAAGGAACAGUCGUGCUUUGUACAUAGCUUAAAAUUACAUAUCGCUGCGUCUUUGAAUAUUAUAUUGCGGGCAAUGCGAUUAUCAACGGAACGUAUUAUUAUUAUUAAUUAUUUUAUGAACGUUAUCGAAAGAGAAAAAAAAGAAUAGUCGUUUAGUCAGUGUGCAUCGUAGCCAUCGAUAGGCAAUCUCGAUCCUGUAGAGCUGUAUCACGUUUUACCGAUUAAAUAGAAGUGAUAAUAAUGUUAUUAUUAUAUAUAUUAUAUUAUAUAUUAUAUUAUGUUACAUUAUAAUUAUAUUAUACGUGUAUCUAUGCCUGUAUCGCUAGCUUUACAAAACAAAAAUGAAAAAAAAAAAAAAAAAAAAUUAAACCGAGGCGCACGGUCAGCCCGGUGAGACAAGAAUUUUUCUUGCUUCUUCUCUCGAAGAGAGAUAAGACGACGUAUGCGUGACACUCUCCGUGUGCUUUCGAGGAAUCGCAAUGUACUUGUGGGCACGUCCCACCCUACCGGCCUACCAAUAAAUUUCGCCAACUCGUAAAA